GUACCCGGUGACGACUUGAGGCAAAACCACAACGUGAACUCAUUCAUUCCAUUUUAUUCCAUAUUUUUUCCCAUUUGAAGAAUAGCUAGUGUUGUUUUCCACAAUAAGCUCAAGAUUGAUGACGGGAAAGAUGGCAGACUCACAAAACUCUCCAACUCCGGAGGUAGGCGCGGGUGAUAAGGUUGUGACCCAGGAGGAGGCAGCAGCUGCAGGUGACUUCUUCUGGAACGGAACACUACCUUCAUGCAGAGAAAGAAAACACCCCAUAUUGCCUCUUGAUGAUGAAAGGAAUAUUCUUGUGGUGUCUGCGCUACCGUACGUCAACAAUGUCCCCCACCUGGGCAAUAUCAUAGGCUGUGUUCUCAGUGCAGAUGUGUUCUCCAGAAUUGCACAAGAUAUGUUCUGGAAGCUGGAUAAAGGUGGCUUCCUAAAGCGUGAUAUUGUUGAGCAGCUGCUAUGUGAGAAUUGCAACAGGUUCCUGGCAGAUAGAUUCGUCGAGGGAACGUGUCCUCUGUGUUUCUAUGAGGAUGCGAGGGGUGACCAGUGCGACAAAUGUGGAAAAUUGAUCAACGCCACAGAGUUAAUAGACCCACGGUGCAAAGUCUGCAGCGCAAAGCCUGUAGUGAAAACGUCUGAACAUCUAUUCCUAGAUUUGCCAAAGGUGGAGCCAGCGUUGGUGAAGUGGUUUGACCAGGUCUUCGCAGAGGGUGAUUGGACGAGCAAUGCCAUUGGUAUCGCGCGAGCGUGGGUGCGAGACGGUCUCAAGCCCCGCUGCAUUACCAGAGACCUCAAGUGGGGGACGCCGGUACCGAUGGAAGGAUUCACAGACAAAGUUUUCUAUGUGUGGUAUGAUGCUCCCAUCGGCUACAUCUCUAUCACUGCAAACUACACAGACGAGUGGGAGAGAUGGUGGAAAAACCCGGAACAGGUUCUCACGCGAUCAUGCGUCCGGCAGGAUGGGAAGUUCUCGAAGAGCCGGCAGGUUGGCGUGUUCGGCGACCAGGCGAGGGAUACGGGCAUCCCGGCCGACAUCUGGCGCUUCUACCUGCUCUACGUGCGGCCCGAGUCGCAAGACAGCUCGUUCAGCUGGACCGACUUUGCGACGAAGAACAACAGCGAGCUGCUCAACAACCUCGGCAACUUCUGCAACAGGGCAUUGAUGUUCUUGUACAACAGCUUCAAAGGCGUUGUGCAAGCAAUGGUGUUAGAGCAGGAAGACAGGCAGCUACUGGCAUUGGUAAACAGGGAGUUGACUGCCUACAUCAACUUGCUAGAAAAGGCAAAGCUUCGGGAUGCUAUGCGAAUCAUCUUGAAUGUGAGUCGUCAUGGCAACCAGUAUUUGCAGAGCUGCAAGCCAUGGGUGCUAGUGAAGGGAAACGAACAAGAAAAGGCGCGAGCGGGGACGGUGAUCAGCGUCGGUGUCAACGUCAGCUGCCUGGUGUCGGUGAUGCUGCAGCCGUUCAUGCCCGGCGCGAGCGCCACGCUGCAGGCGCAGCUCUCCGCUCCCGCACACGUCGUCGGCACCCUCGCGACCCGCUUCGUCUGCCUGCUGCGCGCCGGUCACGUGAUCGGCAAGCCGGCGCCGAUGUUCGACAAGAUUGAGCCGAGCAAGGCGGAGGAGCUGCGGGAGAAGUUUGCGGGGAGGCCGGCUCCCGCGAGACAGGGGACGAAGACAAGUGGAAAGCAGAACUCUGCGGGCAGUCUGGUCAUUGAUGAAGCAGAAGUAGAGAAGCUGACCCUGGCCAUCAAGGAACAGUGUCACACACUGCGCGAGGGAGCGAAGGUGCGAGAGGCGAAGAGUAAGAAGCUGGAGAAAUGCGUCGUCGACGUGGAAGUGAAGCUGCUGCUCGAGCUGAAACACAAGCUGACGCUCGCCGCCGGACCCCCCGCCGGUGGCGCCCCCGCACAGGAGACGGGCAAGAAGAAGAAACGCGGCGGAAAAAAGAAGCAGGCGUGAUUGAUCGUCGAUAGGAAAUACUAAAUUAUUUAAACGGCUGUGAAUAAUGUCGAAUAACGCUUUCUUCGAGUGAUGCGCGGCGCGAGAGUGCAGCGCGUGGGGGAGGUGGGGGGGUGUACCUAAUGUCACGUUAAGCUGGGUUUAUAUAUUUAUUAUGCUACCGACU